AUGGCUUUAGCAAGUGGUGGAUUGUGUGGGCAAUCGACUGCCGAACAAGCAGAAGGUUCAAAGAAGAAAACGCCUUUUUCAGUUCUUUGUUUGUGGUCCUUCCAGGCAUUCGCAAUGAAACGAAGCAGUAAGAGAUCUCCAGUGGUGGAAAAGUUUGCCAAAUGUCAGAAGGCACGUCGGACCUGGUCUCCUGAUUGUAAAGAGAUGGAGCGUUAUGAUAAGAGGUACUAUGGCGGGGAAGAGUACAAAAGAGUUGGCAAUGAGUACAGGCCAACACGAAGAGGUGACCGUGAUGAUAUAAAUAAGGAUUUUGAAGAAGAAGGGUUCAAAAGAAACAGAAAUAACAGAGAUGUACGUAGCAAGUGUGAAGAGGGUAAUCUGAAAGUAACCAGUCAUAAAAGAAAUAGUUAUGGAACAGAUAUCGAAGAUAAACAUGUUGCAAGGGCAAUGGUACACAGUGAUGGCGUUUCCAAAGCAGUGGAAGCAUUUAGGUACGAGGCUUCACCCCAGAUUUGUGUCACCCCAAUCACGGCAAAGAAGAAGCCAAGAUUCCGAGUUAAUCUUGAUGUCAGCCACUAUGCUCCAAAUGAGAUUAUUGUCAAAUUCGAAGAGGGGUUUCUGAUAGCCGAAGGGAAGCAUUUCGCUGAAUCCGAUUUUGGAUACGAAACUUGCGAAUUCUAUCGAAAAUACCCACUCCCAGAGGGUCUUGAUCGUUCAGACAUUGCAUAUAAGAUCAAUAACGAGGGUGUACUUGUUGUCACUGGGGGUUCUAGCAACAAAAGUCAAAUUGUGCAAAGGCACAACUCGCUGAAUGAUGAAACAAAGGCUGCAAACUCAAAGAGAAAUGAAGUCAGAUACUCGUCAUAUGAUAAUGUAGAAAAGGAAGCACCAAAGAGUCUCACAACAACCAAAGUAAGAAAGCCUGUCAUAUGUGGUGAUUUCAGACUUGUUGAUGACCAGACAUAUGUUCUCAUGGUUGAUGCUGAAGGUUAUUCCCCAGAAGAUAUGAAAGUUAAAGUAUAUGGGAAGGAGAUUACCAUAAAUGGUGUAAAGAAAGUUGAGGCAAAAGAAGGAAGUGAGAGGCGGAUCUUUCAUAAAGAGUUUACAAAAAAGUUCAAUGCUCCUCCUGAUGCAGAUAUUGACAGCAUUGUAUCACGCAUGACACAAGAUGGAAACUUAAAAAUUGAAUGCAUUAAGCUACAUUAG